AUGAAUGCUCGCAGAGGGGGGAUUGACUUCCUCGCUCAGAGUCGCUAUAACAGCAGAACGACCUCCGAUUAUGAUGACUUCUGGCAUCACUUGCAGAACGCAAACCUGACGUAUAUUCUUGUGACAGCUGUAUCAGUUUUCUUUUUUCUGAGCUACUUUAAAUCAGUCCCAGUAUCGGUUGUUGGCGCCGUGUGGGAUCUCAUCGUCUACCUGACGCCGUCUCGAAUAAUCGCCGCCCUGGACUCGAAAGCCGCAACAGAGGAACCUUCGGACCCGUUGACCUUCCAAGCGAAAGGUGAGGCGAUGCAGCGUAUACUCGGAUUCGACCAUGCUUCGUUCCCUUCGUUAUUCCCUCGGCCGACGGCUCUCUCCGGACUCAGCACCGCCCUCCUGGGAAGCAAGGACACUGUGCCACCCGGGUUAGGAAACUGGGAUAACUCGUGCUACCAGAACAGCAUAAUCCAAGGGCUAGCGUCGCUCCCGUCAUUUGCGGAAUUUCUAGGGCGGAAUAUCGAUUUCCUUAGCGGGAAAUUCUCACUUUCGACUCAUGAAGCGCUCAGGGGGGUCAUCGAACGGCUGAAUGCUGCGGAUAACUACGGACAGCGGCUAUGGACUCCCGCGGAUUUAAAAUCGAUGAGCAGCUGGCAGCAGCAGGAUGCCCAGGAGUACUUUUCAAAGGUGGUGGACCAAAUCGAUCAUGAGGUACAGCAGGCUACAAGACGACAGACGCGCAACCUUGGUUUGAAGAUGGCGGGACCGCAAGAACACGUUAUUGGGGCUGUUUCAGCACAGGCAAAUGGUCCUUCUGAAGCAGGGCAAUCGGGGAAGCAAUCAUUCCGCAAUCCUUUGGAAGGUCUUCUUGCGCAGAGAGUUGGAUGCAUGCAAUGUGGAUGGACAGAAGGACUAUCCCUAAUUCCUUUCAAUUGCUUGACGGUGCCUUUAGGCACGAGCUACGAGUACGAUGUUCGGGACUGUCUGGAUGAAUAUAUGAAUCUGGAGCCGAUUGAGGGUGUGGAAUGCGCGAAGUGUACCUUGCUUCGCGCUCAAGACCAACUUCGCAGUCUGCUGCAGCAAAUCAAGGAUGACGAAAAUCUCUCACAGACGGCCGACUCAACAAAGAUGUCUGACGCGCUCAAAACAUCAGCUGAGCAGCGACUGCAAGCUGUUGAAGAGGCACUAGAUGACACCGAUUUUACGGAGAAGACGUUGUCGAAGACAUGCCACAUUCCCUCGAAGAGCAGGGUUUCUACAACAAAAUCAAGGCAAGCUGUUAUUGCAAGGCCUCCCAACUGCCUCACCAUUCAUAUCAAUCGGAGUGUUUUUGACGAAACCACUGGGUUACUGAGGAAGAACUACGCAGCCGUCAAGUUUCCCCGCGUCAUUGAUUUGAGCGAAUGGUGCCUAGGCGGGAGUUAUGCGGAAGCCGUCAAGGAGAAGAUCGAGAACUGGGGCACAGAUCCUCGGGUAUCGAUGCUACCGCCGCCAGGCGCCGUGAGAGAUACUUUCGGACGCCGUUACGAGUUGCGCGCGGUAAUUACUCACUAUGGUCGCCACGAGAAUGGCCAUUAUAUAUGCUAUAGAAAGUACCCGGUCGAUAUAUUCCCGGCCCACGUCCCCGAAUCAAUCUUGGAGGCGGACGGCGAGAAAGAAAGGACCGAACGUUGGUACCGACUGAGCGAUGAGGACGUUCAAAUGGUUAGCGAGGAGAAUGUGAUGACCCAGGGAGGCGCAUUCAUGCUGUUCUAUGAAGCUGUUGAAGCGUCUGUCUCCGAGUUAGGCGGUGUCGGCUCUAAUGGAGUUGGGAAUCCGGUGUCGAGUUUCAGUUCUACCUCACCGGAAGAUAUGUCCUCUAUUACCUCGACAGCCACCGAUCGUUCAACAGUCUCCGACGCUUCCCGCGCUACAAGCGUAUCGAUAGACGGCGUUGACCCGCCCAGCGAGAAGGGCCAGCCUAACUCGGAAGUUGACUAA